UUGUAUAUUAAUAUCUCAUCCAACCUAUUAUAACGUCCAUACUUUAAAAUCUUUAACAAAAGGCCGGCAAAACUUAUGUGAAGAGCAUGUAUUAAGGACCAAUACUUCACGCAUAAACUAUCCAAACAUUUUGAAAACACCAACAAAUUCUACAAGGCAACAGAAAGGAAGAGGAGGACGUUCGGUUUGGAUCAAAAUAAAAGUGAAAAUGGUGGGAGAUAUUGCUAAGAGAUGGAAGGAAUUGAGCGGCAAUAGCAAAUGGAAAGACCUACUUGAUCCUCUUGACUUGGAUCUACGCCGUUACAUCCUCCACUAUGGAGACAUGGCUGAGGUCGGAUACGUUACCUUUAAUAGUGACCGCCGGUCCAAAUAUGUAGGAGACAGCUGCUACACUAAGGAAGAGCUCUUUGCUCGUACCGGCUACCUCAAAGCCAACCCUUUCAGGUACGAGGUGACUAAGUACAUAUAUGGAACAUCGUCGAUAAGGUUACCGGAAUGUUUCUUAAUCAACUCAUUGUCAAGGGAAGCAUGGAACAAAGAUUCUAACUGGUUAGGUUACACUGCGGUGUCUACAGACGAAGGCAAGGAGUUGUUAGGGAGAAGAGACAUUGUUGUAGCAUGGCGAGGGACUAUGCAGUUGUACGAAUGGGCUAACGAUUUUGAUUUUCCACUUGAAUUAGCUACCUCGGUUUUCCCUCCUACUGACCCGAAUGAUCCAAAUGACCCUCCUCGCAUUGCCAAUGGUUGGCUGUCUCUUUACACAACCUCUAAUACACACUCACGUUUUGACAAGACCAGUGCACAAGAACAGGUUCAAGGAGAGCUCAAAAGGUUACUAGAAUUGUACAAACAUGAAGAGAUUAGUAUCACCUUUACAGGCCAUAGCUUGGGCGCAGUUCUAUCUAUUUUAUCAGCCACAGACUUUCUCCAUAACGAAUGGCCUAAGACCACAACAAGUCUUGGAGACACGCUUUCUUGUGUCACGGUUUUUGCUUUUGGCAGUCCCCGCAUCGGUGACCUUAACUUCAGAAGACUGGUCGAGUCUCUAAAAAAACUCAACAUCUUGAGAAUUACAAAUGUUCCGGAUCUCAUUCCGCAUUACCCGGUGUUCAGGUUCACAGAUGUAGGGGAGGAGCUUGAGAUCAACACGUUGAAAUCAGAGUACUUGAAACGGUCUCUAAACUUGGCACAUUUCCAUAACCUGGAGGCUUACUUGCACGGCGUGGCGGGGACACAACACAACCAAGCGGAGUUCAAGCUGGAGAUUAACCGUGAUAUCGCGCUGGUCAACAAGGAAUUAGAUGCUCUUCAAGAUAAGUACUUAGUGCCUGGGCAUUGGUGGGUUCUUGAGAACAGAGGUAUGGUUCAAGCGAAUGAUGGGACAUGGAUUCUUAAUGGAGAUAUGGCAAAGAAUGAUCAAGAAGAAGAAAAGGACGAAUGCGAAUUACUAUGAAUAUAUCUAUAAUACAUGUUUAAUUAACAUUCACAAAAUCCUUUUGAAGCAGUAAAAGAACAAGAGAAUGUUACGUAUUCUCAAACAAAUAACGUCUGAAGCACCAAAUCGAGAGAAGAUGAUUAUUUAUGUACAUGGAAAAAGAGGAAGAAGAAGAUCAACAAGGUAUCGUGGAUGUGAACCACUCCAUAACAUGAAUUGGAGCUUUGAUCAACCCUAAUACGAUCUCCACUAGUAUAGUCACGCACAAGUAACAAGGAUAUGCAUUGGCCAUUGUGUGAGUGAAUAAAUUACAACCCCAUAGAGUCGUAUUUAUAACCUUCAAAGUUUUGGUGGGUGUUUAUGAGGUUAUUGGGGAGAUUCAAAAAUCCAUGUCUCCACAAACACAAUGCUGUGCAGCACAGCCUGAGCUAGAACAGUAAAUUCUAACAAUAAACAAGACUGUGCUAGUGAGUAUCGUUGUUGUGGACUUUUGUGGGUUAUUGAAGUAGGUUUACUAAUUGGAUAAACAAUCAUGUUGCCCUGGAAGCAACGUGAGCAAGGCCCAUUUCAUAUUUUCAGAUGCACUCAAUAUAAAGAAUGGCAAGUAUCAGGCAGGCCCAUUUUCUGAAAGAACGACAAUUUCUAAUAUGCUUUCCCAAUAGUGAAACAUAGCUUCAACAAUUAUGUCAUAAAACCUUAAGAUGUCUAACAACCGUUUCAUUGUCCCGUUUUAAAAUGCUGGCAUAACAAAACAAAUCUAUAAUUUUAUGGUUUUUGGUUUGAAGCUAGAGAAUAGACAUUAGUGCUGUUUUUGGCUUCAAAAAUUUCACAAACUAGAUCUUAGUUGCAUUAGUUUGUACAAAAGCCUUUUUUUAUUUGAAUAAAUUUAACAUUCUUUUAAAACAAAAUCUAUAAUAUUAUGUAAGUAAAUUUUGUAUAUGUCGUAUGUUAAUUUUUCAGGAAUUUAUUAGACAAAUAUCUUCAACAAAAUAAAAUUAUUAGGAUUAACUGUUAUUAUUAAUAUUCAUAUUCUAAAUUAUCUUGUUUAAUAAUCUUUAAAAUUUUUAUUUUCUAAAAUACAAAAUAUGCUAUUUUAAUAUAUAUGUUUAACAUCCAUUAUAUUUUUUAUGUAAGCUGAAAGUUUGUUUAUGUGUAAAUAUAUAUUAA